AAUUAGAACCGCUUAUCUUCCGAAAUUGUACUAGAGCAGAAGAAUGAAAAUGUUGGGCGCCAUCUUGCUUGUGUCUCACCCCAUCCACAUAAUCAAAGCCAGAUAGCAGAGCAAGAGCAAUAAGAACUUUUGACGUCUUGUUUAUUCGCGCCUUCAGUGGAUGUGUACAUGUAAAUUUGCUUUAAAAGUGAUUGUGUUCAUAAUUUUUGUAGUGCACUAAUAAAGUAUGGAUGAUGAUAUGGCCGAGGAAGUUUUCCACGCGGAAAUCAUCGAAACGGAUAUCAAUGACUUGUGUCGAAUUUGUGGCAGCACAUCCGACAGCCCACUGAUCCCGAUUUAUGAUGAAAAUGGGCUUGCGGAGGAUUUGGCAUCCAAAAUUAUGUUGUAUCUACCAAUAAAGGUAUCAGAAGAAGAUGCUCUGCCGAUAAAAACAUGUGUAAAUUGCACAAAUGGCGUUUUAACAUGGCACCUUCUGUACGAAUGCUGUGUUGAUGCAGAUCGGAGGUUCAAAGCAAUGUUCUCUGAAGAGCAACUCAUCCAACCACAACCACGGAAGAAAUCAGGGAAAGAUAAGACAUAUGAAAAUACUGAAACUUCAAAACCCGAAGAGAAUGUAAACGAAACAAAUCAAGUAGAAGAGCAUGAGAUGGAAGACGUAAUGUUUUUGAAAGCCGAGUUUGGUCCCGAGGACGAACAAUAUCUGGAAGACGAAACACAUUUAGCCGAUGGCGAGCUUGAACCAAAAAGCGAUGAUCAGCCUGUGAAACGUCCUGCUUCAUUUGAAAGUUUUCUUGAACCUUCGUCUUCUUCACCAAUUGGAUCAGAAUUCAUUGUUUUAGACAUACAACAUGAUACCAGAUUAAACGACGCCGUAGAUAACAAACCUUAUGAAGAAGAACAAGCCCGGCCAGAGCGGCAAGAUAAUAUAACCCACUACGUGUGUCCUGGUACAGACUGCCAAAUUGGUUACUACAGUAAAUCCGAGUUUUGUGCGCAUCUAAUCAAUGCACACAAAGACAAUCAUGAAUUAUUGAUUAUGCUUGGACAGCAAUCGUCACAAGCAGACAAGAAAACUAUUCGUGAUGCUCGGACUGUUGUAGACGGGCGAACAAUGUUCAAAUGCCCCGAAUGUGACAAAAUGCUUUCGACAUCAUACUGCUUCAAAAACCAUCUAAGAAUACAUACCAACGAAAGGCCGUACAUCUGUUUCUUCUGCAAUAAAUCAUUCCGAAUAUAUUCAGGAAUUGUGAGACAUAUACAGGGUACCCACUUGCAAUUAAAGAAGUUUACUUGCGAGAUUUGCAAUAGUAAAUUUACAAGUCGAGAUAAUUUACGACAGCAUUCGUUCCUACAUGCUGAUGACAAGCCUUAUGUAUGUGAUAUUUGUGGAAAAGGAUUCAAACAAAAAGCUUCACUAUUUCUACACAGUCGCACACAUUUAGAUUCGUUUCCGUACAAGUGUGCUUAUUGCGGUAAAGGAUUUCGGUUUAAAACUCCAAUGCUCUAUCAUUUAAGCAUUCACACUGGUGAAAAAGCAAAUACAUGCGAAAUAUGCGGAAAAAUGUUUCGAUUGAAAAAUGAUUUGAAUCAGCAUCGACAAUUGCAUAGUACUGAAAAGCCCUUCAAAUGUACUGAGUGCCCGGAAGCUUUCAAACAAAAAAGAUAUUUAAGUAGACAUUGUAAAACUCAUCAUGCCAAUAGUUCUGUGAUAAGUGAUUUAGUGGAAAUUAAAAAGAUCUUGCAUCGGAUAUUCAAAAGCCGUCAGCAACAUCAGUGUAACUUUUGCAAGGAGGUCUACACUUCUAAGGAGACAUUAACUGAGCAUUUAAGGAAUAAUCACUACAAUCAAAUAUUCCAUUGUGACAUCUGUAAUGAAUACAAAGAUCAAAAAGAUCUCAUAGUUCAUAUGACUCAGCACGCCUUGAAUUCUCUUCAACCUUCACAAGACCAGCAGCAACCGAACCAACCACAAACCAAAUCGACGAAACCAAAGAACAAGUCUAUUAUUAGUACAACCGGAAACAAUAAACUAAAGUGUAAGAAGUGUGAUAAGAUUUUCGCGAGUUUGAAUGGAGUCCGUUACCACAUGAACUCGGUACAUGCUAAAUUGAAGAACUUCAAGUGUGAUAAGUGCGAAAAGGCCUUUUCAUGUAAACGCGUUCUAGAUAACCACAUGAAAAGUAUUCACAUAAAGAAGAAAGUCUUUCAAUGCGACUUAUGUGAAAAGGCAUUCAAAACAGAUGCAGCUCUGUAUACCCACAAGAAAAUCCAUGAUAAUGUCUUUCCAUAUGAAUGCGAUAAGUGCGGAAAAACAUUCCGUUUCAAACAUCAUCAUGUUUCGCAUUUAGAGAUACACAAUAUGGUGAAGAAGUAUGCCUGUAAUAUUUGCAGUAAGCAGUUCUAUGCACAGAAUAAUUUAAGUAAACAUAUGAAAACCCACGAGACUACACUCGAGUAUACCUGCCAUCUCUGCAAUGUUAAAAUGAAUCAGCGGCGCUACUUAUACGAACAUAUGAAACGUGUUCAUCAGCCUGUUCUCAACAAGGAUAACAGUAAUUGAUUCGUUAAUUAUCAAACUAUUAAAAAAACAAGAAAAACCCAGUGUCAUUAGAAAGUUAUAAGACUUUUGGAGUACAAAUAUUUAUUACUAGUAGUAUUUCGGCUAUUUAUUUACAUUAUUAUUAUAAAUAUUUAAUUAACAUAAUGUCAAUGUUAAUGUUAGUUGAGAGAAUUGCGUUAUUGUUAACCUGUAGAGCAGACAUAAUUUAUUCUAAAACUAAUUGUACCUAUGUUAAGCACACAUUAAACCCUGAAUAAUAUGAAUUGUGUUUUAACUCAA